UGGCAACGAGGCAGUGGCAACUCGCGGCGCCGGCCCGACCCACCGGGCCAGGGCCCCACCGACCGGCCGCCGCCGCCGGUUCGGCCUGCGUCUCGUCGCGUUCGGCGUGCUAGCCGCUUUCGCGGCCGCCGCCGAGAAUUUGCUCUGUUUCAAACUACGCGCCACAAAAUCGAUACUCGGGCGGGGGAGCCGCUUUGGGGCCGCUUAUCGUCGCCUCCGCCGCCGUAAUUCCCGAUUCAAAUUUAGGACGUCGGCAAAUCGGCCCGGACGGCCGAAUUCGGCUUCGGCGGGAGGUAAUUUACAAUGAAAAUCGAAAUCGAGAUGGAGUCGAUACGAUAUCUCCCACUCACCCCCCCAAUAUCAACCCUUAUUUUUUUACCAUUUUUUAAGAACAAAAUUGUUGCUUUAUGAUUAUUGUCUCAUUUUGAUCUAUCUUCAUUAUUGUUAGCGUUGUUUUUUAAGUUCAUAUUUUAAAGGUAAGACUUUGUUCACCUUUUCUGGUGUUUGUGAAUUUCAUUUUACUGUGAAAUUUCAACCAUUUCUAAUUUAAAUUAAAUUGUUAUUUUGAAAAUCGGGGCAGCUAGUUAAAUUUCGACAGCGUAAUAAUUCAAAUUAAUUCAAUUCGUAAGACGAGGAAUAAAAUUUGCUCAAUUCUCUCUUAUUAAAAUUUUCUUCUGCGUGUUUUUUUAAAUAAUUGUGGAGCAAUCAGAAAACGAUGCAUAAUAUCGAUAUUGAUAAACCCAUCCCUCGUCGACGAAUUUUCAGUGUGCGUGUGUCGAAUGCGUGGUGGGAGUGGGCGGGCGGGCGCGGUUGACUCGCGUAGUCGCGAAUCGCGAGAGCAGUCAGUGGCCGAGCCUCCCCCGUCUCCGUCUGGUCGGAAGGAUGAGUGUGUCUUCUAGUCUGGCGCAAAAUUAAAUGUUUGCGCGUUUCGAGCCGCCGUAACUCCGGCAGGCCGAGUGGGAAAAUGCUGUGAAACGAUGCUAGUCAGAUAGCCGAAAAACGCCCUCAUGGGAAGAGAGGGUUUAGUCAUGGGAAGCGAACAAUACUGCCUCCGGUGGAACAAUCAUCAGAGCAACUUGCUGGGGGUGUUCAAUCAGCUGCUUCAGGAUGAGUCGCUGGUGGACGUGACCUUGGCGUGCGAGGGCCACUCGCUCAGGGCGCACAAGGUGGUGCUCUCGGCGUGCUCGUCCUUCUUCCAGUCGCUCUUCGUGGACCACCCGGACCGCCAUCCGAUCGUCAUCCUGAAGGACGUCAAAUUCUCAGAGCUGAAAACGUUGCUCGAGUUCAUGUACAAGGGCGAGGUGAACGUCGAGUACGGCCAGCUGUCGGCCCUGCUGCAGACGGCCGAGAGCCUCAGGGUCAAGGGUCUGGUCGAGAUGACGGCCAGCGUGGAGAAGCGAGCGUGUGCCAGCCCGGAGGCCGCGCCCUUAAGCCUAGAGACGCCCAAGCGGCCGCCGGCGGACGCCCCGUCGCCGCAGCCGCUCGAACUGAAAACCACCCCCGCACCCACCCCGCCCGCCCCCUGCAGCAGACAAGACUCAGGCCCGCCGACUUCCUCGGACAGCGAGAACGAAGAGGACGAGGAUGAAGCCAUGCAAGAGAGUGAAGAAAAUACACCUGGACCACAUGCAAUACCAGGAGAACCGCCUGGGGGGCUAACGUCGCCCAGAGCAGAUCCAAUACCGGGACCAUCAGGGUUGUUACCAGUCCAGCAAGUGCCACUGUCUUUGAAGAAAGAAGUUGAUUGGGGUGAACGGAGUAGUACUGGCGAUGAUAAAAGCACAACAGGGGAAGGCUCAUCAGAAUAUAGACCACCUUUAGAUCCAAGGAACCGAAAUUUCAUGAUGUUUUUCCCAUGGAUGUCAUGGCGUAAUAAAACUUCGGAAGACAUCACUUCGCCCGAGGUGAUGAUCAUCGAGGGCAGCUACGCGUCGCCGCCGUCGUUCUCGCCGUCGCCGUCACCACGAGACUCGGCCAGUCCAGCGUCGUCGCCGCUGCCGUUUCCGUUUCCGAUCUCGAACGGCGCCGGCGGCAUCCCGACCAUCACGGUGGGCGACGGCCAGCCGGCGGCCUCGCUGGCCAGCCUGCUGCAGACGGGCGGCGAGGCACUGCAGCGCUUCCUGGCCGCCUCGGCGGCCGCGGCCGGCUCCGACCCGGCGGCCACGGUCAAGUGUCCGCUGUGCAUGGCGCACUUCCCGGCCUCGAUGCCGCUGGACCAGCACCUGUGCCUGCACUCGCGUGAGAAGCCGUUCAAGUGCGACCAGUGCGGCCAGUGCUACAAGUACCAGUCGGCCUACGCCAAGCACCGCGAGCAGAACCACACGGCCCGGCUGCCAGGCGAGAAGCCGUUCCGCUGCGAAAUCUGCGGCAUGCAGUUCCGCUACCUCAAGUCAUUCAAGAAGCACAGACUGAACCACGCCGUGGAACGGCUGCAGCCGCCCGGCGGGCGCUCCGACGCCGACGACGCCGUCCUGCUGGCCCGCCUCUACCACCACCAACAACAGCAGCAGCGGCAGACGCCGCCACCCCCGCCUCCGCCGGCACCCCCAGAGGCUGACGACCCCGACAGACACACUCCUGGCUGCCUUGAGGCACCCGACAACCACGUCACCAGCUCAAACGAGGCGGUUGGGAGGUGUGCGCAGGAGGAACGCUCAGAGCAGGACAACACGAUCGACAGCCUGGCCAUCGCGUUGGCGCUUGCCUCCUCGAGCAGCAACAACCAGCAGGCGUCCACUAGUGGCGGUGGGCAGCAGACGGGGGCGUCGGCUCCCUCGGCCCCCGCCGCCACGGCCGCCUCCGCGCCGACCACCGAGCCUUCCUCGCUGUACAAUUUGCUGAAGCUGGACGAGAUCCAGCGCAAGUUCACCUGCGUCUUCUGCCACAAGUCGUUCCGCUCCAAGGAGAACCUGAAGCUGCACGUGCGCAAGCACACGGGCGAGAAGCCGUUCGAGUGCGAGUUCUGCGGCCGCGCGUUUGGCGGCAAGAGCGACAUGAAUCGUCACCUGCGCAUCCACACCGGCGAACGGCCCUAUCACUGCGACAUCUGCGGCAAGUGCUUCGCCAGGGCCGAUUAUUUGUCCAAGCAUCUCACCACCCACCUCAACAAUUCGCACUAGACCCCCUUUGCCGAACGAGCAAGCGCACAAUUUUGGCCGCCCGCGACUGAUGGAUUGGUGACCGCGUGUAUCUCAUUACUCCCUCACUCCGACUUGGUCUCGGCGCUGAUGUCGACCCUUUUUGACGCACGAACGGGCGCCGACAAAGUAAUUCCUAAGUUCAAGUUCAAGACCGUGUGCCAAAAUGACUUUGCUGAAGGUUGAUUUCUACUGCCAAUAAGCAAGACUUUUAGGAAUACUUUCGUAGAAUUAAGUGAUGUGCGGAUAUCAAGCAAGGGGUGCCGCACGUGCUCACAAUCAGCAAUUUUCUGACCAAUUCCGUAAGUAGUUUGUGCUCCAAGCCGUCGACAGUUGGAACCACUGUCUCUUAGCAAGUUUUAGUAACUCCUGCUCUGAUUUUGGUUUCAGUCCUGCUUGGGUGCAUGAAAAUUUGUCCACCACGGUUAAUUCAAUUAAUCGCAGUAGAGUCGAUCUAAAGAUUUUAAUCACAAAAAUUAGUUUCUUCUGUUUUUUUAUUUCUGCAAUUACACUAUAAACCUUGUUCAUAUUAAAGCAGCAAGAUUGAAACGAAAAUAAGAGCGGAAAUGUCCUAGCUAGCCGAAGAACGGUCGUGGUGCCAUCUUUCAAUAAAAAAAUUUGCCCCUCGCAAGCAUUUAGCACGUAGUGCAGCUUGCGCACCAAAUCUUGAAAACCCCAGAAAUUUUCAAUCAAUUCUAAAUUUUUGAGGAUUAUUAAAUCUAGGAGUUGCUUCUGGGGAGCAAAAAUGGUCGUUAAUGGAGUUCGAGCAACGUCUUGGCCAACACAAAAAUUUAGUUCCCGAGUCCAAGCUGCACUCGGUGUUUAUUGCUUGCUGAAAUCGAAUUUUGAGCAAGGCACACCCUUGCGAAUAUCUGCUACGUCGGCUAAAAUUGUAACUGAUUACUUUGUAACUGAACAAACUUUUGGCACAGGUCGCAGCCAUAUACUUGCAAUUCAUUGGUCCGCAGAAUGAAAUAGCUUUCUACCUCUCAAAGGCUCACUGGUGAUCCACAGAACACUCUCUCUUCUUCACUAUUCUUUCACAGAUCCGCUUCAUCCGUUAUACAACGUACAUAUACAUACUUCCACACUCCAUUUUUUACAUAUUUUAUUGCAACUAUACAGCAAUUGGCCUAUUUUUAAUUUCGCUGACGAGUAUUUUUAAAAAUUUGCACAUACACACAAUAGAACUUAAUCGACGAUGAUGAUAAUAGCUAUACAGAUGAGGACCGAAUGGCUUCCUGGCGAAGCCGCGGAACGAGAUAUUUUUCAACCACAAUAUACAUAUACACAUAACAUAAUAUAGAAAUAGAAACUCGUAGAUAACACGCAACAUUCGACACCACAAGCUGUAUCUCAUCUACCUCCGACUUAUUUGUACUCUUUCUUACACUACACAUUUUGCAACUGUUUUUUGUUACAGAAGUUAACGUAAGAGACUUCCUUUGUUAUAUGAUCUGCAAAAUUUGCGUUUGUUAUUGCGACUGAUUUUUGAGUAUUUAUUAAACUUGGCCGGCCGGUCCGGCGGAGGAGGACAUUGCAGCGGCAAUGAGCGUCCUCUGCUGGGCCCGCCGGCCAAAUGCAACAGUUGGUUCCUAUUGAUACACAGUUUACACAACAACAACAACAGCCAUGAUAGUUCUGAUACGAAUAUUAUAAAAAAAAUGCUGAGGUGGUUAUGGUCGACGAGAAGAAUCACACUCACACACACAUUCAAACACUCUCACCCACACGCGCUCUCCAUGAAUGUUUCAAUUUUACGAAUUUGGGCAAAAAUGCAGCAUCCAUGUAUACAACCACUCACUAACACACAUCAAAAAUUAAGAAACUAUAUACGCAGCAAUUCUUGUACUUGAUCGGACCCGCUCCGAAUACGCAGUCGUUGAUUCCUUCAUUCUCUUUACACUUACUACGCUACAUUAUAAGACGCAUAUUUACAUACUUACUUAAUUAAUGCACUUGCAUUCUAUUAUGCUUUUGCGAGACGUUUGUUCCAGAUAUGGUUGAGAUUAUUUAUACAUAAUACCGAACGCCGUACACGUUAUCACCUUCUUCGAGGAGCGUCCGAAAAGCGGCGCGCGCGUGCGACAAACGCGUGCUCUGCUCUUGAUAAAAAGAGAAAUGUUUAAAAUGGCGAUUUGGAGCUCUUGAUAAUACGCGCAAUAGCUUCCGCUUGAUACCUCAUAACUAGAUGCCUUUUCAUUAAUUGUACGAUCACUGUUGAGACGCAGAUUGUUUCUCCGCGACCCACUUACGCAUGCCACUGUUAUUAUCAUUUCUAUAUACCUGUCCCACCCCGUUCGAAAUUCAGAGCAUGACAAUAGAACAGACGAUGAGAGGAUUCACAGAAGACAAGACGAUAUAUAUCCAAAAAUAUCUCCGCAAAAUCUCACGUUUCUUUCCAUUUCGUUCAAAUCGAGAAUUAAGCUACGCAAACUGCCAAUACGGAAACAAGAACGAGAAAUGAAGAAUGAGUUCAAAAAAUAAUAUUUAUUAUGUAAUUGAGAUGCAACAAAAAAUCGAUAAAUUUUCAAAGUGCCAUUUUAGUAAGCAGGAGGAAAAAAGACGAACCGAGAGACUCUCUGUCUACAAACACAUGAAGUUAAUAUGAAAGAGAUUUAGAUUGUAAAAAGCGUGUGCCAUGAAGAAUUUAAAACUGACGGGAAAUGAAGAAGCAGCAGCAGCAAAAGGUUUGCGAGAAUCUAAUUAGUAUGUGAAGAAAAUUAUUAAAAUAGAUGCAGAAGAUAUUUUCAGAGAUGUGUAUUCUAUUUUGAUGGAUAUUGUAUGGUGUUACAUAGAGUGGUUUUAGACGUGUAUACUGAUUAACUUCGAUGUCCCCAUCACAGUGUGUAGGAGCUUCUAAAAACUAGUUACAGUGAUAUAAUAAUAAAAAAGAGUUAAAAGCGAUGAUAAAUCGAAACUAUACGUCAGAGCCACUCGCGCGAAUCGAUGUUUGUCGCCGUUGAAUGCAAUCAUCCGAACAAUGAAAAGGCUGGAGUUUUUAGGCAACUUUGCAUGACAUGUGAUCCAUGAAAUUGAAGAGAAAAGCAUAGUCACGAUAUUGUUCAUCCAAUCAUUAGUAAAAGUCUCCCUUGAUUUUGAGAACGACGUGCUAAAAAAAGCAGUUUUGAAAUUAUGUGAAACAAUCAACAGGCUUCCUCUUAAACUGUCUCUACGCCCCCUUUCCCCCCUAUAUAAUUCAAAUACGCCUAUAUUGUAACUUUCGACGUGUUGGAAAAUGGACGAAAUCGCAGCGAUGUAAUUAAGGAUAAUAAUCAAAAUAGUUUUCACCGCAGGAGUAAGAUGUAAUAAUCGCGCGGGACUCGUUUGUGCUUUUUGGACUUGCUCAAAAUUGUGUUUUCCUCGUUUCAGCCUCGUAUAAACGUCUCCGUUCCCAGCCCCCUCCUCUGAAGCAUCUCGGAGCUUCUGAACUCUGAAAAUUCCCUUUGGCUGUAAAUUACUGCGAAAUUAAAGUUUUUCCGCCAAAUACACAACGUUGAAACAAGUUUUGGUCAAAUUUUAAGAAAAUACCGUCUCUCUCGAACUCUUUCUCUCUAGGUGGCUUACCUGAUACGCAAUAAACUUAAUUAAUUAAUUAAUAACCACUUGCUACGAUCCAUGACUACCCUAUAAAUAGCAGCAGAGAUGUUAAAUAUGAAAAGAUACACUUAGCAGGUACCUUCAUUGUAAAUAUUUUUUAAAAAUUAAACACUCAAGAGAUGACAAUGUUGAUAGGAAACUCAUUUUUUGUGAUUUUCCCUGUGUUUCUUUGGCAACAAAUACAUACUUAUAGGACGUAAUUCUGAUUAGGAAAAUUUUGCUGUUGUGAUUAGGAAACUAGACAGGUACUUUUUUCGAUUUACUCUGUAAACGUAACUAUUAUCUUAUUUAUUUUGAGCUUUGAUACAUACGAUAUUUUGCCACUAUUUGUUACUGUCGUUUUUGUUAGUUUUAAACGUUCAAUAGUCAAUCAGCUGUCGAUUACCUCAGAACUUUUUUACUACGAACACGGCAUGGAGUUUUGCACUCCUGAAAACGUACAAUCUCAUUUUAGCCAUUGUUUUUGAGACACACUCGCUAUAUUGUUGUAAUUUAGUUUUCAUUUUCCGGUGUAACUCGAAACAUAUUUUGCCAAUUCAAACGCCGCCCCGUCGAAAGAAAAUUUACGACCUGCAUUGGCAAUCAUAUUAAACAGUCGAAAUUUGGUGCAUUAGCCGCCAAAUUAAAAAUUCAACCUGAAACGAAAUUACUAACGGAAAAUUCGUCGUCUGAUUGUGUAAGAAAAAUGAAAAAUUCUUCCUCAAAUUUUUACCAGAAUUGGAAGAACAUAUCACAAAAAAAUAUUAAUUCAUAACAAACUCUCUCUCUCUCUCACACACACACACACACACAGCACACACGCGCGCGCAUUACAUUACUAAGUGUCAUAUAAAAUGUGUGAACAGAUACGAGAUUUAAUUAAUUUCAAGGUCUAAAAUAGAGCACACACAUACACACGGGUUUCAAUGUGAACAGUAAAUAAACAGAAUUUUUGCAUCAGUCUUUAUGUGUUAUGUACGAAAAUCAGUUGAUGAUUUCCUUGUGACCUGCAAAUCUUGAUUGAUUACAGCAUUGAUAUUUUUACUAGUUUUAUAAAGCACACACUCAACAGCAGCAAUAUAAAGACAAAAUCUGUUUGAUUGAUGGUUAUUUGUGGAUUUCUUUUCGAUGGCAAUAAAGUAUUUACUGUGAAAUUAAA